AUGACUACUAAAUUAAUAACAUUAAUUUUUAUUUUAUUAUUAGUUAAUUGUUCCCAAAGUCUCAGGAAAUCAAAAUCAAAUACCAGCCCGGAUUUAGUAUUUACAUCAAAAGGUGGACUUAGAGGUAUAGUCUAUGAUAGUCAUCGUGUUUUCUAUGGUAUUCCAUUUGCCAGUGCUCCAGUGAAUGAAUUAAGAUGGGAGAGUCCUGUAGAACCAAAGGAUUGGAAACAUAUUAGGGAUGCAACACACCAAAAACCACAAUGCGCCCAAAGGUGUUCUCUUGGUGAUGGGGCAUGCUCAGAAGUUGGCACUUCUGAAGAUUGUUUAUAUCUUGAUGUAUUUACACCAAGAAAUGCAAAUUCAAAUUCGAAAUUACCAGUAAUAGUAUUUUUCCCAGGCGGAGGAUUUGUUGUGGGCAGUGGAAGUGUUAAACUUUAUGAUGCAACUAAAUUUGCUAAUUCCUCUGUUAUUUUUGUUAAUACAAACUAUAGAUUAGGUGUGUUGGGUUUUUUAGGAACUGAUUUAAUGAGUGGUAAUUAUGGAUUUUUAGAUCAAAUCAAGGCAUUAGAAUGGGUAAAUAAAAAUAUAGAAGCAUUUGGAGGUGACAAAACUAAAGUAACUAUUUUUGGAGAAAGUGCAGGAAGUCUUUCUGUUGCGACUCACAUGGUAUCGCCAUAUUCUAAACCCUAUUUUCAUGCAGCUAUUCUUUCAUCUACUCCAUUUUCUACCGGCUUAAAAGAUAAAUCAAAAGCUAGAGGUUAUGCUACCAGAUUUGCAAACUUUAUUAACUGUAAUGUCGAAGAUAUAACCUGCCUUCGUAGUAAAUCAAUGGAAGAGAUAUUAGAUGCACAGGCCAAAGUAAGAAUGCAAGUUGGUGAAAAAGUACUAGAUACUUUUACUAUUUGGGCACCAAUCGUCGAUGGAGAUAUCAUCCCAAAACAACCAUUAACUGCAGCUAAAGAUGGUGAGGUCCACAAUGUUCCAACAAUUAUUGGUAAUGUAUAUGAUGAGGGAAUAAUUUUUGUUUAUUUAACACACCCAAACAAAAUCAAUCCACGUCUUUACCCCAAAUACCUUUCAUUAAUGUUUCCGCUAACCUGGAGUCAAAUCAUCACUAAAUAUCCAGCUUCUGGUAAAGACGCAAGACCGGCCUUAUCAAGAGUAAUUAACGAUUAUUUAUUCCGUUGUCCUGAUAGAUAUUUUUUAAACAAAUUGGUAAAAUCCUCAAAACAUAAAGAACCAGUGUAUCACUAUUUUUAUAGCCACAUAAAAUCUAGCGGUCAUCCAUUAGAACAUUGUGAUGGUAGAGUUUGCCAUGGCACAGAAUUAAGUGUUUUCUUUAAUAGCUAUGAAGCAAUGGGCGAAGAAUUAACUCAAUAUGAACGCGAAAUGGCAGUUUCAAUCAAUAACUAUUUUGUUAACUUUGCAAAAACCCACAAUCCAAGCGAAGGCUUGAAAGUCCCAAUUGAUUGGAGUCCAGUUUCAAAGUCUCAAAAUGUAACAUUAGUUAUUGAUGAUGGUUUCGAACUGGAUCAUGACAAAAUUACAAAUGAUCCAAAAUGUGAUAUGUUUGAUAGACUUUCAUAUGGAGGAUAUACAAAAUAA